CUACAAAACAUAUUUUUAACUUAAACUUGAAACAUUCUUAUUAGCGUUCUGAAGUUGUUAUAUUUUACUUUAUAUGUUACUUUAAGAAAAUAUAAAAAGAAGAUUUAAUUUGAAAAUUUAGGAAAGAAGGAAAAGGGACAUGCCGAAUAGUUUGGAUAAAGACUGACUUCCAGUACACAUAAGACAACGUGGCAAACUAACACACUUGAAUUUGUCUUCGAUUUUAGGAUCAUUAACAUUUGAAUUAUAAUGAGUAGAGAAAAGCCAGCGAACGACCCUGUUAGUUCCCUCAUCCCUACAGUCAAAGAUCCAUUCAAGUCGCAGUCCUAUGUGGACCCUCUGAAAAAACUAGCAGGUGAAUACAAGGACCCCCUUAAGGUGCCAAAAGGGGAGUAUAAGGAUCCCGUGAAAUCUAUCCAAGUAAAAAUUCCGGAGUACAAACCAUAUACCUCAUACCAUGAAUAUGAAAUGCCGGACAUUGACCCCGUUACGGGCAAACCCAGGGUAAAACGGUCACCAAGGCAGAAAAGGGAGGAAGAAGCACCUAAAAAAGGAAAACAUCCAUUAGGAAAGUCCUUAUUUCCGGCUCAACUAGGCAGUAGUGUCGGUAGUAUGAAACGAACACUUCGGAUCCAAGAAAAUCUAAACUUCUAAAAUUUAUUCUAUGUUUCAACCAUUCAUCCAACAUGCAUUUGACGGAGCUAGCUAAUGUUACAACUAGUCUUUUGCUAGCAAUAUAUUUUUAUUGUUUGUUCAUAUAGUCCUUAAAGCAUACAGUGUCUUUUGUUAAAUAAAUGUCAUAAUUUUCAUGUAGCUGUCGUUAUGAUUAUAGUAAUAUGGCUUCCAGUUAUAAUAGUCAUGUAGCUGUCAGUGCAAUCUUUCAUGUAGCUGUCACUUUAUUAAUACACAUGUAGCUGUCACGAUAUUAAUACACAUGCAGCUGUCAUCCCUACAUCUUUUAUGUAGCUGUCACUAUAAUGAUAAUAACCAUAAAGAUGUAGGUUCUACAGCUUUCUUGUAGCUGUCAUUAUAAUAAUACUCAUGAAGCUGUCAGUGCUACAUCUUUCUUGUAGCUGUCAUUAUUAUUUUAGUCAAAAACAAUUGUAGAUAUCAGUAUCACGUCUUUGGGGUGGCUGUCAGAAUAAUACUGACCAUGUAGCUGUCAAUAUAAUCAUAGUAUUGUGGCAUCCGGUGCUACAUCUUUCAUGUAGCUGUCAUUAUGAAAAUAACCAUGUAGCUGUCAUUGCUAUAUCUUUCGUGUAGUUGUCAGUGUAAAAAUAAUCAUGUAGAUAUCAGUAUUAUGUCUUUCCUCUAGCUGUAAGAAUAAUAACAAUCAUGCAUCUGCCAAUAUAAUGAUAUCUAUGUAGCUGUAAGUAUAACAGUAGUCAUGUAGCUGUCAGUGUCAUAUAUUUCAUGUAGCUAUCAGUUUGAAAUAGUUGUGUGACUGUUAUUGCUAGAUUUAUAUGUAGCUGUAAGUAUUAUACAAGUGACAUGGUUGCUCGUGCCAUAUUAAUCAUACAAAUGUCACUAUAAUAAAACUCAUUUAGCUGUAAGUUCUACAUCUUUCAUGUAGCUGUCAUUAAAUUAAUACUGUAGCUUUCAUGUAGCUGUCAUGGCUUCAUCGUUCAUAUAGUUCUCAGAAUAAGAAUAGUUAUGUAGCUGUCAGUAUUAUGUCUUUUAUGUCGCUGUUCGAAUCAGAAUGAUACUCAUCUUGCAGAUGCCAAUUAUUUAUUUUUAGUGUGGCUUUAAAGUGGAUUGGUCUUCAAUGGAAACAUCUUUAUAUAAGUAUUACAAAUGC